AUGAGGAAGCAUCAGGGUCAGCAGGAGGCAGAGGGGGGGCUCGCUCCAGUUGUCUGGUACGUGGCUUUGGAGUUUUUAGGGCAGAGGAACAUUGGCCCCGAGUGUGAACGCCCAGUAGAGGAGGUGGCGGGGCAUGUGGGCUCUGGAUUGAGCAAAGUCCACAGAAAGUUCCACCGAGAUGUGCUGAGCAAAGGCCAGAGGCCCAGAAGGAAAGAAGUGCAGACUCUGAGCAGAGCUGCCCUCAUCUGGAGCGUGAAGCCCACCUGCCCGGGGUCCGUGUGGCUGGCAAUGAGCCCCGGGCUGUCGGCCUUCCUGAGAGAGUGCCCCGGCUGGCUCCUGCUCUCCGGGGUCUUCCUGCCUGUGACUCUGCUGCUGCUCCUCCUCAUUGCCUACUUCAGGAUCAAACUGAUGGAGGUUAAUGAAGAACUGUCCCAGAUGCCUCGUCGCCAACCCAAUCGCAAGGCUGGCUCGUCCCCGUACCGGAGAAUGAAACGAACGUGACUGCUGGGGACUGAUCAACGGCGGAAAGCACAGGGAAUCUCUACUGGUCAGACAGCAAUGGUCAACGGCUUUGCUAACACAGCGGGUGAAACCAGAACCACAGAAAAAUAGAACACUAAGAUGCUCGUGCUGAACUGCGUUGAAAAGUGGCAGCUAUUAUCCCAGAGGACUUCUUGAGACUCAGCUCAAACAGCAGCUCUUCAGAGAGCACCAAGAAUCUAAGAUUCUCUUGGAUGUGCUCUAUGGACUGGACACAUUUAACUUUUUAACUUUCAUAGGUCUUCUCUAAAAGGUGUAUUUCUGAAAUAAAAUUCUUAAACGUCAUUAUUACAUAAUCCCAUGGAAGCCCACAUUAUUCUGAUUGGAGAAGUGAAGAAACUCUAGUAGAGAUCAAAUGGACAGCAAAGAGGAAAGCCCCGAGAGCUCCGUGGACCCCUCUGUGAGUCUCCCCACUUCCUCCUCCUGCAGCUUGGCAAGUCUUAAUGACUCCUUUUCGGGCAUCUUUUCUGGCCCCGAGUUUGCUUCUCUCCUUUUCCCAGUUGCUUCCACAGACGACAUCAUCGUGACAACCUACAAUACCAGCAGAAUCUCUUGAUACUUGGGAUGGAUCCCCGUGAAUGUAGCUUUCAGCACGACGUGACUUAGAAAUACCGGCAACGUGGUGCUGGGAAGAGGAGAGAACAGAAUGUUUGUUCAUGUAACUCAUAUGGAGAAUAAUUCAAGCCUUUGCCUCUAAAGCCAAAACAUCAGGGAGCUAUUUCUAAAAACGGAAAUAAGUCAACAUUUCUCUAGCAGAAUUCUUCUCUCAGUGGGAUCUCCGAAGAGCCAACAUAGACAACUGAAAAGAAACAUUUAAUCCAAAGUGGUAGUUAAAAUAGACUGUGAUUACUAUCGUGUUCUCCAGUUUCCUAGUUAACGUUAACAAAGGAUGCUUAACAUGUCCUAAGCAGAAGUCUGGUUAUAUUCCAAUCUUUGCUAUGAAUCUAACAGGCUCUUAGACUGAUUAACUUUAUCAAACCUAACGAAUUUGGUCAUCUCUGUAAGAAAUUGCACCAAUUUCUGUAGCAACAAUCAUACUAAAGAUCAUGUGGAUGACCAAGCGCAAGAACGCACCACCAGUGCUGAAUAUUUUCUGCCUCUCCCCACCCCCACCCAACUCUAAAAUUCUUCUUAUGCAUCCACUAAGUUAUUAGUCUCCGUUGGCACUUCUUGCAUGAUACAAAACUCACUGUUCAACUGAAGACACUCAUUUCUGAGUUUUGUUGCAUUUGAUUACAGUGGAAACGUCUGCUGGGGCUUUCAGACUGAGGUAAUUUAGAAUAAGUGUUCACGCCAUAUGCAAGGAAUAACAAUAUUCUCUCGGUUCUGGGAGGGAUCUCUUUUUAGCCCUUGGUGGAAACCAGCUUAUGUAAAAAUGCUUUCUUAACAGAAGGCGUGAAAGGUUGCAUCGCAUUCCCAGCUGCCAGCCAAGUCUGUGGUUCGGCCACGAGCAUUUGCUCCGCCUUCUGGAAUCGGGCACUUCUGAAGCCUCACAUUUGGCUCUCAUGGAUGCCACUGCACCCUCUGCCUGACCAGGGAAAAUGCUCCUCAGCUACUCUGGUAACAGAGCAGCUUUAACGUAACAUGCUUUCAGCGAUAAGCAGAACCAAGUAGUUUAAAGCAAGACCCAUUUCUUUCAUUGCUGUUGAAUAAGAUGAAUAAGGAAUUUCCAGUGAAAACCUGAGUAGAUUCAUGAAUGUUUUUUAUACAUAGAGAGAAACAAACAUGUUAGUGUUCCCAUGGAGACAAGUCCCAAGGGUUUCACUGUAACCUGUCUGAAGGCACUGCUCCUCCAUUCGACGCCUCCUUCCAGAGCAAGCCCAUGAGCCGUGGUCACGUGUCUGCUCCUCGUGUGCUCACAGUGCAGUUUAAGAUCUCACUCCAGCUUGGACUGCUCGGCGCUUCUUCACCGCUGCUGCCCCCUAGACCAGGCCCGCGGCCUCCUUACUUUACCCUAUAUCCGGUUCCAUCCUGUGCUCCAGAGCCUUUCACCACAUGCCAAAAAGGCUCUCACAACACUCAACGGUCUCACUUCAACAGUUCCUCAUCUUAUUUCUAAUGUUCUAGUAUCUCAGAGAAUUCCAAAUUCUCUUUCCCCAACAGGAGACGUUUAAUCAAAUAUUUCAUUGGGAGCUUUAAGUUCUGUUGUCAUUUAUUCAAUGCAAACUUACCACAGAAUUUUUUUUUUUUUACAGAGCUAACCUCUUUCCAGCUCUCUUGUUGACAGGGUUGGUAAUUUGGAAAUCUGCAGUUGGGAAACUGCAAGGCCAUGACCGUCCCUUCACAUCCUGAACCUAUAUGAGUUGAUAAAACAGAAAAUUGAGCAAGGAAGGGCACACAUAUGUUCUCUGAAACAUUAUUCGCAACCCUUAGAAAAAACAUAUUAAAAAAAUUACUUAUAACUCAUCUGACUGGGUAAUACAGCCUCCAGUAUUUUCUAGAUAUAAUUUGGUAGCAACCUGAAAAUCAAGACCAGAUUAACACUCCCAUACACCAAAACAGUUUUUCCUAAAAAUCUUAAAGUUCUUUAGCAAAACUGUCUCAGAAAUCAGAAUUCAUAACUGUUAAGCACAUUUAGGAAAUCAAUUUCUGAUAUUUUAGAAAAAGUUUUCAGAGCAAAUGUUCUUGAGAUUCUUGCUUUCUGACUUUAUACUCAGUGUGCUAAUCAAAAGAGACCUCUGAGUUUAUCAGAAUUUACGCAAUGGUAUUUACCCUGUCAGAUGAGUGUUAAACAGAACAUAACAGAAAAGAGAGAUUCCAAAAGCUGUAUUUAUAAUUACCACCAAACAAUUGGGUAUUUUAAAAUAUUCUUUCCACUUUUGUCAAUUUUUCAAAUCCAUAUUCCCAAACUCAGAUUAUUAAAAGCAGAGGUUUUCAACCUUUAUUUCACUAAUGAAGGCUUUUGAGAAUUUGAUGAAAGCCAGCAACCACCUUUCGCCUCUAGGAAAAAUGCAUAUACCCAUGAUUUUGCAUAUAUUGGGGAAAAGCCUAGCCCCUUGAAAUCUAUCCAGGAGUCGGUGGUUAGGAAGCCUGCAGCCAGUCUUAAGAAAGGAUUUGUGCGGCCUCUUGCACCAGUUGCCUUAGCUGCCUCCACGCGGGAGGACGAGUGGACCGUAAGUGGUUCCUGACAUUGGAAGGCUCACAGGAAAGUCAGUUCCACACAUCUCCCAAAGCAAAACUUUCCCAGCAGGCUUCCCAACAGUACAGAAUUCUAUUAUGGAAAGCCCUCACGAGAACACGGCUCAGACCAGCAAUGUCUCCCAUAAAUUUGCCCUUGGUGGGUUAACUCACGCAUGAAGCUGUUAUUACUCACGAUUACCAUUAUUGUACCGAGAGUUCCACUAGGUAUUUUACACAUUUUUAUUUCAUCUAACCACCAGAAUACCCCUACCUUGGGAUGUAUUAUUACCUUCACUUCAGAUGGUUAAGUGCCUUUGUUAAAGUCACAUGGUUCAGUUACUAGGCGUAGGGGAUUCAAACGCCUAUCUGUAGGCUACUGAAGCCAGUUUUUGAACUAAAAUAUCAUUUUAUACAACUUGAAGGUGCUAUAAAUCUACUCUAGACUCAUACCUAUACAUAGGGUCAGUGUUUUCGACCCUGAGGCCAAGAGUCAGGAUGACUGACACCUACGAUGUGCCCGCUGGCCAUGCUCUCUUCUGGGCCAAGUCUCUACCGUGGCCUGAUCCCAGCAAAUAAAUAUGUGAGCAGGUGCACGCAAGGAUCAGGGCAAGUCCAUGGUGACUUCGGUGAAAAUCAUCAUCAAGUAUGUGCCCUACUGCUGCUGUCUCAGCAGUGACAGUCGCACAGCCUAGUCUAGUGCAAGCGUGUAACACUUGUGGAAACGGACCAGAGUACCACUCAGUGAAGAAGGAUGUAUUCUCUCACAAGAAAGGGAGAAAGAACUUUUUCUUUCUCAAAUUAUGGGGAUUUAUGUGUUUUUUUAGCCUUUUAUUAUAGAGUAUUUUAACAGAAUGACAAAAUAAACUUUCAUUUACCAUCA